GUAUGUUUGUGGGAUGUGGCGUUACUUUUGGUCAGUGCGAAGCUUCGUAGUGUUCCAUUUAAACAGACAAAUAGGUUAAGCAGUCGUUCGGCUCUGUAGCGGGACAUUCACUUGUUGUUGAUAAACCGGUAAGGGCCAGUUUAACCAAUAUGUCAUGGGAAAGUUCUUAGAAAUUUACUUGGCAAAUUGAACACUGCUAGAAGUGUCACUUGUUAUGAGGUUAAGUUCUCCACUGGGAAUGCUAACCUGCGUUGGCGGUGAACUUAAAGUGCGGUUCAGAGUGUGACUUUAGCUCUGUGACCCUCUCUGAUCCCAGACUUCUGGGUUUGGCUGCUCUUACCCGUGGCCAUAAUUUUCGACCAUAAACUGUAGAGCGAGAACGCAUUUAAACUAAGUGAUAAAACAAAACGAAACAUAGUUGUGUGAAAAUAGCAUGCACUGUUGGUGUAUUCAGUUUCUGCUUUUUCACCAUCGUGACGCUGCGUUCACUGCUUGAAACAGCUGUGGCAUAACUUGUAUUGUUUGGACAGUAGUUGCAUCGAAGUGGACCAAAGACCAUCUGUUUUCUUCCCAUUCUGAAUUCGUGCAUAUGAUGUGAACUGUGCUCUGAUGUUGUUUACUGUGUUUCGUCGGGUUAAACGUGAAAUGACGUUGUUUCUAUCAAUUCAGCCCAUUGCUAGAUAAUCCAGUGGUAUCUGGAUGCGACGAGUUCGGUGCCUCGACGGAAGUAGGCUUUUCAGUACAUUUGGAUUAGACUAUAAAUUUAAGGUAACCGUUUUCAUGGUGAAAAGACACUAGGAUGUCACAGCGUACCCUGAGGAGUUUGCUUUCUUUCGGAAAUCCAGUUGUGACAGUACUUAAUGGGAGUUACUGCAGUCGUCUCGGUUUUCGUCAGACAGCCGCGUGCAGCGUUGCGACGCAGGCUGAUACUGGCUUUAAACCUACAAAAGUUGCCGUCGUGACAAAAACCACAAGGUAUGAAUUUGAACAGCAGCGGUAUCGCUAUGCGGGGUUAUCGGAGGAGGACCUUAAGCAGUUGCUUGCCUUGAAAGGCUCCAGCUACAGUGGACUUUUGGAACGUCACAACAUUCACACUCACAAUGUUGGGAACAUUGUGGAGAACUUACAAAAAGAAGGGAUAGAGGUGCGUGUUGUGAAACGAGGGGAGUACAACGAGGAGACAGUUCGAUGGGCAGACGCCAUUAUAUCAGCAGGAGGUGAUGGUACCAUGCUACUUGUCGCCAGUAAAGUAUUCGAUAAGAACAAACCUGUUCUUGGAGUCAACACUGAUCCAGAAAGGUCAGAAGGCCAUCUCUGCUUGCCUGUGCGUUACACACACGCCUUUUCUGAGGCUUUGCGCAAACUCAGGAAGGGGGAUUUCAGGUGGCAGUGGAGGCAGAGAAUCCGCAUGAACUUGGAAGGCACGGGGAUUAAUCCCAUUCCUGUGGACCUGCACGAACUGCAGCUUAGUCUGGAACAGCACAGCCAGGCUCACCGAAUCACCAACACCACCCUGCGUAGUACGACAAAUGACAGCUUAUCAGGGUCCCACCUACUCCCAGUCAGAGGACUCAAUGAGAUCUUUAUAGGGGAGUCUCUGUCUUCCAGGGCCUCGUAUUACGAAAUCUCGAUCGACGACGGACCGUGGGAGAAGCAGAAGAGCUCGGGACUGAGCAUCUGCACUGGAACCGGAUCUAAAGCAUGGUCUUAUAACAUCAACAAACUGAUGGAACAGUCUGUUGAGGAUGUCCUGAAGAUAGGUACAGUGAAAGCUGGUGUGGACAUCCCUCUUACCCAGGAGUUGAUCGAAGAGGUGACGGAAGCGUACAACCAAUCUCUCCUCUUCAGUCCAGAGGAAGACAAGCUUUUCUUCAGCGUCAGAGAGCCCAUCGUAAACAGAGUGUUUUCCAGUAGCCGCCAGAGAGGUUUUGCCAAGAAGGUGUGUGUGCGAUCACGGUGCUGGGACGCGUGUAUGGUGGUAGAUGGAGGGACGUCAUUUGAAUUCAACGACGGAGCUAUUGCAACAAUCAGCUUGAAUGAAAAUGACCAACUCAAGACUAUUAUCCUCAGUGACUGAAUGUGUAGUUACUUAACUCCGAGUCUGUGGUUUUUCCACUUGAGUUUGAAGAUGGUUUCUGUCACUGUAGGCACAGCCAUGAACUUUGAGCUAAGCUUUGCUGCAAGGUCAUAUAUUGACAAAAAAAAAAGGAACUGGUUCCUGCCCAAUAACUGGCAUUAGGUUCCUUUUCUAAAUGUAUUUUUCUCACAGAGCCGAGUACAAUUCUGACCAUGCUUUUAAUCUACCUGUUUUAAAGCCGAAUUUUGUCCUUUCUCUCUCCUUUUUUCAAAAGAUCUGAUUUGAGGUUUAUAAUGUCAGGCACUGGAAACUGACGUAUAAUUUUUUUUUUUUUUACCGUAAGCAUUUUUCCAGACAUAAA